UCAUUAUACACUACGCGGACGCGAUAAACAACCUUCAAAAAAUACACCAAAACGCGAUAAAUAUAGAUUUAACAUUUGCUUUUGUGUUCUCGUAACGCGCCUCGGUCGGUAGCCUCUUUGUAGUGGCGAAAUAAACCGACGGUGGCAGGGUACAGACGAGGUCGGCCAUACCCGAAUUUCUUGUCCCAAACAGCGGGGAAGAAACUGGAUGUAAGACCCGGAGGUAAAACGUGUUAUUUUUCUAAAAUAACACACAAAACCCACUCUUUUGAGCUGAUUCUUUCAUCGAAACUCGACUGUUUAUGAUGUAAAGGGGGUAUUUGCGUAGGAGAAUAAACGGUGGUUUCCGCGCCGAGACCUCCAUGCGGCUGUUGGCGGAACAGCCAGCCGCCUCUCUCGGUUAGCCAUCAGGGAUCUCAGUUUAAUAUCUCACCGUGCAGAGACUCGCCCUCUCUCUCCCCCUCUCUCUCACUGGCUAGCCCAGAACCUCCGACGACCGAGCUCGGAGAACCCGCCUUUUUGCCCUCGCUUAUGCGCUUUUGGAUCGAGGGAAGCGAGUCUGAGACGCCCUGGCUUUAGUUUUAAGCUCCGUUUCUCUGUGUGUGCAGUGCGCCAUUGGACCUUGUCACGAUCCAAGACAGAACAACCACAAAUGAAUGGUGAAAUGGAGGCAGCAACACAAGACCAAGUGUGGGCGCAGGAUGACCUUUUAAAACUGCUGGAGGCCAUGAAAGUGGCCCUUCCACCGAAAGACCUGACUAAAUACAAAACAUCAGAGUCCCACCUCGACUGGCAGAAAGUUGCCUUCAAUUCCUACACAGCAGAGAUGUGCAAGCAGAAAUGGCAGGAGGUCUCUAAAGAGAUUCGUAAAUUCAGGACCCUGACAGAAUUGAUAUUUGAUGCUCAAGACUACAUAAAGAACCCCUACAAGGGCAAGAAAAUAAAGAAACACCCAGAUUUCCCCAAGAAGCCUUUGACUCCAUACUUCCGUUUCUUUAUGGAGAAGAGAGCCAAGUACGCAAAGCUGCAUCCUGAGAUGAGCAACCUAGACCUUACUAAAAUCCUCUCCAAGAAGUACAGGGAGCUGCCUGAUAAAAAGAAGAAAAAAUAUGUUGACGACUUCUUAAGAGACAAGGAAGUAUUUGUGCAAAGCAUGAUGAAAUUCAGGGAAGAACAUCCAGACCUGGUGGAGAGCAUGACCAAGAAAGGAUCAAAUGUACCAGAGAAGCCCAAGACACCCCAGCAGUUGUGGUACAACCAUGAGAAGAAGGCCUUCCUCAAGCUGCACCCUGAUGCAACCACCAAAGACAUUAAAGAUAAUCUUAGCAAACAGUGGACACAGCUUCCCGACAAAAAGAGGCUCAAAUGGAUCGGCAAGUCCCUGGAACAGCAGAAGCAGUAUGAGGAGACAAUGCGGGAAUACAUCCAACAGCACCCAGAGUUAAACAUGACCCAGGAGGACAUUGUUAAGUCCACCCUGACUAAGGCAGAGCGACACCUGAAGGACAAAUCUGACGGCCGACCUGACAAACCGCCUCCAAACGGUUACUCGAUGUUCUGUGCGGAGCUCAUGUCGAGCAUGAAGGACGUUCCCAGCACAGAGCGCAUGGUGAUGUGUAGCCAGCGAUGGAAGCUGCUGAAGCAGCACGAGAAGGACGCCUACCAAAAACGCUGCGAGCAGAGAAAAAAAGAGUAUGAAAUUGAGAUGAACAGAUUUCUCAGUAGUAUAUCGGAGGAAGAGCAGCAGCGGGUCUUGGGUGAGGAUAAGGUCGGUUUUAAGAAGGGUGGCGGAGCCAAUAGUCCCGCGUCUAAAAAGAAAAGCUCUAAAGCAAAGGCCAAUCCAGAGAAACCCAAAAGACCCAUUUCAGCCAUGUUCAUAUUUGCUGAGGAGAAACGUCCCAAACUGCAGCAGGAGCGGCCAGACCUUUCUGACAGUGAGCUCACAAGACUCCUUGCACGCAUGUGGAAUGAGCUGCCGGAUAAGAAGAAGGAGAAAUAUAAACGCUUAGAAACAGUACUGAAGGCCGAGUCCGAGAAGAAGGAAAAGGAGGAUCGCAGUCGUCUUCCAGAUCCGCCCAAAACUGCACAAGACAUCUGGCAGCAGAGUGUUAUAGGAGACUACCUGGCCAGAUUUAAGAACGACCGGCCAAAGGCACAGAAAGCAAUGGAAGGAACCUGGAGCACCAUGGAGAAAAAAGAGAAAAUUAUGUGGAUCAAAAAAGCAGCAGAGGACCAGAAAAGAUACGAGAGGGAAGUGAGUGAGAUGCGCUCACCUGCUGCUGCCAUUGCCUCAGGGAAGAAAAUGAAGUUUGAGGGUGAACCCAAGAAACCACCGUCAAAUGGAUAUCAGAAAUUCUCCCAAGAGAUGCUGUCCAACGGAGAGCUGAAUCACCUCCCGAUGAAAGAGCGGAUGGCUGAGAUCGGCAGCCGCUGGCAGAGGUUACCACUGAAGGAAAAGGACCGCUACAAGAAGAUUGCUGAGGAGAAGCAGAGGCAGUACAAAGUCCAGCUGGAACAGUGGCUCGCUAGUUUAUCUUCACAAGAGAGAAACACUUACAAAGAAUACAAUUCACAAAAAAGAAGAAGUACAGCAAAACCAGGAGGCCCCAAAGCAAAGUCCAAGAAAUCUGAUACGGAGGAGGACGAGGAUGAUGACGACGAUGAUGAUGAUGAGCAGGAGAAGGCUUCCUCCGAGGGUGACUCUUCCAGUGAGGAGGAUGACGACGACGAGGACGAUGAAGAUAAGGAGGCCGAGGACGACGAUGAAGACGACGAAGAUGACGAUGAGGCAGACGACAAGGAGAACAAGUCGGAGGACAGCAGCAGUGAGUCGAACUCGCAGGGGUCAUCAGACUCUGAUUCAGACUGAAACGGGCCAUCGUUGACAAACUGAGCAGCGCUGAGCUGAGCCAAGAGUCCAGGGAGCUCUGCCACUGUGCCAACCCUGUUCUCCUCCCGCCACCAGAGGGAGCCCCUGCAUUGCUUCAUCCAUUUCACACUCACCCACUUCAUGUUGCUGCGUUGAUGAUCUGUACUCAAGGAGAGAUCCUGCCCCUAUCUCCGAAAUCAGUUUAAUUCCAUCCCCAGUGUGAUCGUCAUCUCACAGCAGGGGCCGCUGACAGAAUGCCAAAAACAGCAUCCCACUGGUUUGGUGAUGUCGUGAACAUUUCUGCACUGGUUUCAAUCUUGAUUUGCAGCUUCAGUGGUUUAAGGUUAGAGUUUUAAUGUGCUGGGUAACUGAUUACCCCCUACGUCUUUUAUUUUUGUUAUUUUGAUGAUUAGUUAAGGACAGGUGGCAUGAGUUGUGAACCGGCUGAGCCAAAGAACACAGUACGGUGGGUCACCUGGGGGGUGGGCAGGGGGUAUGCGGGGUACUGGAAAAUUGCACUCAACAAAACAUUUCCUUUAAAAAAAAUUUUUUUUUCCCCCCACAACGUUGUUGUAUUGUCCUCAACUUAUGAUGUAGAUUUUAUGAUUUUGUUCUUAAAGAAGUGGUAUUUUUUCAGGAAAAAAAAAAAUUAAGCCAUUAUGAAUGUCUUUCUGUUGCUGGAGAAUUUAAGAGUUUGUUACAUACCCAUGUUUUUCAUUUGAAAUAUACAUUGCCUAUAAAGUAUUCAAUCCUUGGACUUUUCAUGUUUUAUUGCUUUACAUCAUUUAAAAAAAUUGUUAUUGGACCUUUUCACACUCAGCAGGGUAUAAGGAAACACCGCAACAUUUAAUGGAAAUGAACUGACUGCACCCAGCAGUGAUUUAUUUUUAUUUUUUGGGUGGGGGGGGGGUUGUAAAGCUUUUCAACACAGAAGUGUGAUGGAUCUCAUCUAAACCUGUGUGAGGGAAUGUUUGAUCUAAACUAAGCACAGAUCUAAAAAACAAGACUGUUUUUUGUUGUUUGGGCUUCCAGAUACAAGAACAUGAUGUUAAUAUAAAUACAUGUACUUAAGUUAAAUAGGUUUCUGCUGGUUUAACUUGGACAUAAAAGUCAUUCGUGUCAUAAAACCUGAUUAGCCACGAUGGUUCCGGUAUAAAAUAUCAAAGUCCGGGUUGAGGGGGGGAUUGAAUACUUUGCAGGACACUACACAUUGUCGUGUGUGUGUUAUUGAGAAAUAUAGUUUAUCAAAACUGACGUGUUUUAGCUGAUCAGUCUUAACAGUUCUUACUGACUCAGUUAAUUGAGCCGUUCAUAAUUAACAUUUGGAAUAACGUGUCCAUGUUUAAAGCUCAGUCUGACUUUUUUUUUUUUUUAAAGAACACGUCGUACAUGCUUACUUUUUUCUCAGAACUGUUUUCUCUUUCAUUUACAGUUCAACUGUAAUUUGCUACUAGUUUUUUUUAAUUGUGAGCAGUUGUGUUUUGAUCUAUCUGGACCCGUUGUGGGUGUUGAGCUGAAUGGAUCGGUCCAUUUUUAUUUCCAAGUUUUAAUGUUAUUGACUGUAAUCCACAUGGGUUCUGUUCUGAUGCUUAUCCCAAAAAAAAAAAAAAAAAAA